UGACUUAACCUUUACUACUACGGGUACCAGACCACACCCACCACCUCCACUCUCCACCUCCGCCCUCUUCUUCGCUCUACUUCCGGAUUUAUCUGUGCUCGUUUCCUCUCCCUCUCGCUUAUCGUUUUCACAACGCUAAACAUUUAUUAUUUCCUCGGGAACCAAAAAGAAAAAACAACCUGAAGCAGCUGUUCCUUUCAUUCUUCCAUUGACCUUAUGAUAGCUUCGUUUCAUUUGCACUAUGGCCGCUACAGGUUUUGGUAAUUUCAGAAAUGGCACUCACGGCACUAGGGCCUCUCUCAAUAGUAGCACCAAAGCCUCCCUCAACUCAAAUCCCAAGAAUUCUUCUCUUAAAUCCAAGUCCUUGAACAGUUCCGGCUUCCGUAAAAGCGCUCCUGCUUCUCUCGGCGCCGCCAAGGACGAUGCUGGAGUUCCUGGAAGAGUUAGGGUAGCUGUGAGAUUGAGGCCACGAAAUGCAGAGGAAAUGGUGGCAGAUGCUGAUUUUGCUGAUUGUGUAGAAUUACAGCCUGAGGUUAAGAGGUUGAAGCUUCGGAAAAACAACUGGGACUCAGAUACCUAUGAGUUUGAUGAAGUGCUCACUGAGUUUGCAUCGCAAAAACGUGUUUACGAGGUUGUAGCAAAGCCUGUUGUAGAGAGUGUUUUGGAUGGAUACAAUGGGACAGUGAUGGCAUAUGGGCAGACUGGUACUGGUAAGACAUAUACUCUUGGACGACUUGGAGAAGAAGAUACAGCUGCUCGUGGAAUAAUGGUCCGUGCCAUGGAGGAUAUUUUAGCAGAUGUUUCUCAGGAGUCAGAUUCUGUCUCAGUCUCCUAUUUGCAGUUAUAUAUGGAGACUAUACAGGACCUCCUUGAUCCUACUAAUGAUAACAUUUCUAUUGUGGAAGACCCAAAAACUGGAGAUGUUUCACUACCAGGAGCUAGCAUAGUUGAAAUUAGGGAUCAGCAGAGUUUUGUGGAACUAUUACGUUUAGGAGAAGCACACCGCUUUGCUGCAAAUACGAGAUUGAAUACUGAAUCUUCUCGUAGUCAUGCUAUUCUGAUGGUGCAUGUAAAGAGGUCUGUCAAGGGAAGAGAGUCUGCUCUUUCAAGUGACAAUGGCAACAACUCCCACAUGAUUAAAAGUCUGAAGCCUCCAGUUGUUCGGAAAGGCAAGCUUGUUGUGGUAGAUCUUGCUGGUUCAGAGCGUAUUGAUAAGUCUGGAAGUGAGGGGCACACGCUAGAGGAGGCCAAAUCUAUUAAUCUCUCCUUGAGUGCACUAGGGAAAUGCAUUAAUGCACUGGCAGAAAAUAGUCCACAUGUCCCAGUUCGUGAUUCAAAGCUUACUAGAUUGCUUCGAGAUUCAUUUGGAGGGACAGCAAGAACUUCACUGGUUAUUACUAUUGGUCCAUCCCCACGUCAUCGAGGAGAGACAGCAAGUACUAUAAUGUUUGGACAAAGGGCAAUGAAGGUGGAGAAUAUGUUGAAAUUAAAGGAAGAAUUCGAUUACAAAAGUUUGGCUAGACGGCUAGAUAUACAAUUGGACAAACUCAUUGCAGAUCAUGAAAGGCAACAGAAAGCAUUUGAGGAGGAAAUUGAAAGAAUAACAAUAGAAGCACAAAAUCAGAUUUCUGAGGUUGAAAGGAACUAUGCAGAUGCAUUAGAGAAAGAAAGAGUAAAAUAUCAGAAAGAGUGUAUGGAUUCAAUAAAGAAGCUAGAAGAGAAAUGGAUGAUGAACCAGCAAAGACAUGCUAGUGAUGAAAACAUGGUUGGACUCAAAGAUGAUGGCUCUGAUGUGACUUCUAAGGGAGAGGAUUCUGGGGUAGCUGUGGUGGAGGAAGUUGCUGAGAUAAAAAAAUUGCUUCAGAAGGAAGCACUCUUGAGGAAGGCUGCCGAAGAGGAAGUUGAUAACCUUAAAAGUGAGCUAGCUCAAUCAAAGAAGUCAGAGGCAUUGGGAAAUUCUGAGGUUUCAAAUCUAAGCAAGAUGCUGGAAGAUGAGGCACGCCAGAAAGAAAAACUUGAAGGAGAAAUAGCAAUGCUACAAAGUCAGUUGUUACAAAUAAGUUUUGAGGCUGAUGAGACAAGAAGAAGACUUGAUAAGGGUUGGUCUGAGAAAAUUCAUGGUGGUUUAGAUUCUCAAAUGUCUCAGUUAAGACAUCCACAGCUGAAUGACACAGGAAAUGGGGAGAAGGCUUCAAUAGCUAAACUCUUUGAACAAGUUGGAUUGAGUAAGAUCCUAUCAUUGCUUGAAUCAGAAGAUGCUGACGUGCGAAUUCAUGCUGUGAAAGUUGUAGCAAAUCUAGCAGCUGAAGAAACAAACCAAGAGAAGAUUGUAGAAGCUGGUGGUCUUACCUCUCUGUUGACGCUGCUAAGAAGCUCUGAGGAUGAGACCAUACAUCGAGUAGCAGCUGGUGCAAUUGCCAAUCUUGCAAUGAAUGAAACCAACCAAGAGCUCAUAAUGACUCAAGGGGGCAUUCGUUUAUUGUCCAUGACAGCAGCCAAUGCUGAGGAUCCUCAAACACUUCGAAUGGUUGCUGGAGCCAUAGCCAAUCUUUGUGGAAAUGAUAAGUUACAAAUGAAGCUAAGAGGUGAAGGCGGCAUCAAGGCUUUGCUAGGAAUGGUUAAGUGCAGGCAUCCUGAUGUUCUUGCACAAGUUGCUCGUGGAAUAGCAAAUUUUGCAAAAUGCGAGUCAAGAGCAUCAACUCAAGGAACUAAGAAUGGAAAGUCUCUUCUGAUUGUGGAUGGUGCUCUUCCAUGGAUUGUACAGAAUGCUAACAAUGAAGCCUCACAAAUCAGGCGCCAUAUAGAGCUUGCACUUUGCCACUUAGCACAACAUGAAGUAAAUGCCAAAGACAUGAUUAGUGGAGGUGCAUUAUGGGAAUUGGUUCGCAUCUCGCGAGACUGUUCAAGGGAAGAUAUAAAGACUCUUGCACAUCGAACCCUAACCUCUAGCCCUACAUUUCAAGCUGAAUUGAAGCGACUACGUAUAGAUUAUUGAUGAAGUUGUAGAGAUAGUGGAAGUGGCUUACUGUUUUGAAUAUUUAGAAAAGAGCACAUCAGCUUAAAUUAUUUUGUUUAUUAUUUUUUUUAACUGAAGCUUAAAUUAGUUUCCUGUGGGAUUAUUGAUCUCUCCUUCUGACAAGAGCAAGCAGGAAGAGUUACUGCUGUUCCUCUUGAAAUUUUAUUAUCAAGGGGGUUUGAGUCUCCAAUAGUGGUCCUUCUAUUUGUUGAUUAACUAUGUAUCAACCCUAGUGAGUCCAUAUUCCCGUGUAGUUUGUAGUUAGUGUAUAAAUUUCUUUGUAUAUGAAUUAAAUAGAGAGACACUAGCGUUCUAGCAUUUCUUGUAAAGAACCAAAAAAAAAAAAAUCAGAUUUUGAUAUUUGGUGAAUGUUCUAUGUAA